ACAGUUAGUUUUAAAUGUUAUUGUUUACAUUUUACAUGCAUGCGAGGAACAUCCAACACUACAAAGAAUCAAAUUAGAUUUUAAAAAACUAAGAAGGAUAAAAUAAAUUUACUAAUAAAGUGAAAUCUGCUAUCAUUAAAAAUGGAAUCUGAAGAUGCUUUGAUGGAAAUAAUUGUUGGGACGUAUGAGAAGUUUCUCGUCGGCUACAUUUUGAAAAUGCAUGACGAUAAAUUUUCAUUAACUCCAAGUUUUGCUACAGAAGCUCAUUUACAAUGUAUCAAGUGUGUUGCAUCUUCAAACAAAUAUUUAGUAUCUGGAAGCACAGAUGAAACCAUUCAGCUUUUCAAUAUGAAGACACGAAAAGAAAUUGGUGCAUUAGUGCAUCAUAAUGGUUCCAUUACAAGUUUGGAGUUUAUUGAUUCAUACCUUAUAAGUUCUAGUGAAGAUGCAACUAUCUGUAUUUGGUCAACAAACAACUGGCAAUGUGUAAAAACUCUUGGUGGACACAAGAAAUCUGUUAAUUGUAUCUCAAUUCAUCCGAGUGGAAAGUUGGCUUUGUCAGUUUCGAAAGAUAAAACUGUGAGAACAUGGAACUUAAUUAAUGGUCGAUCAGCCUAUGCCACAAAUAUUAAAAAAGUUGCAGAAAUUGUCAAAUGGACACCUGAUGGAUCGCAGUUUGUAGUGGCUUGCAAUAAUGCCCUUGAUAUUUAUUCUGUUGGGGAUGCUGCAGUUAGAUUGACUAUCAACUUUGAAACAAAAAUUUGUGAUUUUACUUUUAUUAAAGAUGACAUAAUUGCUGUUGGUGGAGAAAAUGAAUCUAUUCACUUUUAUGAUCUGAAUUCUGGAAAUUUAUGUCAUACAAUAAAUGCUCAUACUAAUAGAAUCAAAGCAUUGAAAUGCGUUUCAGCUAUUGAUGAAAAAUUUCUAGUUUCUGCCUCUAGCAAUGGAUGUAUUAGGGUGUGGCAUAUUACGGAAGAUAAGGAGUCUUUAAGACUUAGAAAAAUAGCAAAAGCUCAGACUGGAAAUAGAUUGACAUCUAUGACUGUGAUGCUAAAAAAUUAAAAACUGUUCAAGGUAAUAGAGGAAAAUGUAAAUAAAGAAUAAUCAAAGAAAAUUUUGUAAUAUUUUCAUUGAAUGUAAAUAAAUGCUAUUCUUUGCUUAUUGGCA